GGAGGGGGACUUUUUUGAGAGAGAGAAAGAGAGAGAGAGAGAGAAGCGGAGGGAGAAUUUGUUUGAGCACACGCUGUCAGGAUGAGCUGAUGUGAGCGCUGCAUCAAGUGCGCGGACGGUGAUGCUCCCGUAUAAAACACCGCGCUGUAUUUUGGCACAGAGGGGGGAUGCAUCAGUUUAACCCUCGGCUCUGCCCUCCGGACUCGCCCAUCCAGUAAUCCAGCCUCAAAUAAGUUAAGGGGGGCAUGUGUGAUAUCCCCUUGCGAGGAAUCCUGCCGCACGAUCAUUCCUGAGGAUCUCUCUCUCUGUUCGCUUUCCUUUCUUUUUUUUUUUUUUCAACUUCGAUGGCUUGAGUGGCCCAUUUGCACUCAUGCUCGUAGUCGAGGAGGGAUGUAAAGGUACGGGCCAUCCACCGCCCUCACAUUGCACGGAGUAGCGGCGUGAUUCAGGUCGCUGUCUGAGUGCCAAUCUGCAAGAUAAAACUACUUUCGAGAUGUGAAUUAUUGAGAUUUGCAACUCAUUCCGCCGACUCGCCUGUCCUAUGCUAUCGACAACGGGAAUUCAAGAGGAAAUUGAUUGUGGCAUAAACUAUUUCUGGAGACGCUUGUCACAGAUAUCGCCGCCGAACUGGACAGGGUGGAUGGUUAUUUCCCAAACUGUUCAAGCCUAUGUAUACUGCAUUCAUUUGUUGGAAACGCUGCCUAAUAUCUUCGAGAACAGCUCUAGAGGAAUGCUGGUCCAAGAUCUAAUGCCAUUUACUUUAAGUUUUUGGCCUUUUUUCUUCGGUCAUUGCCUUCUCUCACUGUUUUUACUCUCAUGCCAGGGAGAACUCCAGAGGUCAUGCUCACGGACUGUGGCGGAGAAAGUUAGUGAACAGUGCCAGCUGGCAUGCCACUGUAGAAGAUACCCUCCUCUCCCUCCACCACCGCCUCCGCCGCCUCCUCCACGGCUUCUAGUCACCACAGUGACAGUGCCCAUGGUGCCCUCGUUGAGGCCCUGGUGGAUGGAGAUGGACUUUGUAGUGCUCGGAACGGUGGGCUGUGCCUCAGUGGUCUUCCUCCUUUCUGCCAUCAUCAUCUGCUACAAGGCCAUCAAGAGGAAACCACUCCGGAAAGAAGAGAAUGGGACAAGUCGUGGAGAAUAUGCCAUGAGCAUCCGUAACAAGAAGGCCAUGGGUACAAACAACACUGUAGUAUAGUCUCCUGGCAGAAGCAGAAAGUGACAUCACCAAUAACAUCUCUCACCCUCUACUGAUUACAACAAUCCCAUCUCACCCAGAAUGCAACAGGGUUUCAUCCUUGAGGUUUUCAAAUAGGUAAACCGUCCCUCUUUUCUUGGCAUGUUGCCCGGACAUGAAGACACCAUUCAGCUCCAGACAAGCUGUUAAAGAUGGAACGGAUAAAAAAAUCAAGGCAGAACGGACGGAGAGAAAAGAUCCACAAAGCCCCCAUGGUGCCGAAAGUGGCCCAGCAGGCUGAACAUUAUGCUCUUAGUAACAGCAAGUGUUGCUGACAGGCUGGUUGGCUGCUGGCUGGAGAGGGACUGUCUGCCAGUCUGCCGCAGAUCCAGACCUCACACACACUGUUGACAUCUGCAACAGAACAAAGCAGCCGCCCUGCAGUCCCACAGGACAGUCCAUCACACACAAAUAAACGUGCAUGCAGUUUUUACAGAGAAUGCAACUUUUUUAUACUUCAAUCCCCACACUGUCCAUCUUUUGUUCUCCAUUUUCUGAGACAGAUGCUUUGUGAGAGGCAUGGUGUUAACUGUCACUCCAGGCUUUGACAUGUGGAUUCAUCUGACUAUGCAAUUUAAAGAAAUCCAUAUUUCAAGAGGAAAGGAGCAACAACAUAAACACAGUGCAUUGUGGUUAUUUAACCACGUCAAAAAUGCCAACCAAGGCUUAUCUCAAUGUAAUAUACUCCAGUCAUUCAUCGAUUUAUUUUUUUCUCUAUUUAUUUUGUUAUCUACCUUUGAAUUUAUUUUUCUACUUAAAAGGAAAUAACUGUCUCGUAAUUUUCAUGCAUCAUUACAAACAUUUGAACAUUUUUAUGAAUUCACCUGAUUUCCCCACAGCUCUGUUUUUUUAAGUGAAUAAUUUAUACACCAUACAAUUCAUUUGUGAUGUCCCGAUGCUUAAACCUUCUGUCAGUUCGUCCAGACCAAGAGUUUUGGUAUCGGAUGUUUUGUCUCUGGGUGUGUGAUGUUCUAUCUUAAUGUGUGUUUUCCAGUCAUUAUCUAUGCUCUGCAUCAUAUGCCAGUUUUAAUUGUGCUACUAAAUCCAAGAUCCACCCUCAAAAAGAAGUUAAACAGCUUUUUUUUAAAUUUUUUUGUUUGAUUAUUCCAGAGUCUUGGAUUCAGCUAGAUGCCUUCAGCCAUGUUUUUGUUUGGAUUUGACAAUCUUCAUCUUUCAGUUUGUCAGGCAAGCUUAGCCCAUUGCUAUAGAAACAGGGGACCUGAGCCUGGGGCUGACCUUAUGACUGAUGAGAGAUGGGAGACUUAGCCAAUAGCCAGAGAUCAGGUUGCACAGAGGAAGGCCUCAGCAGGGAUGUGUGUGUGUGUGACUCAGUGUUGUCGCAGGCAUCCUCCACAUCCCUUCUGGAAAAAAACACAACUGAGCUGAACUGGAGCAUCACUCAAAGCUGCUCUUCUUUAUUUUUUUCCUCUUCUUUUUUUUUUUUUUUUACAUUAAAUCUUUGUGUGUGUCUGUGUGUGCAUGUGAGAGUGUGUCUGCUUGUCUGUAGGUGAGCGUGCAUGCAGAUGAGUGUACUCGAAGAGAUUGGGCUGUACUCUGUGGCUGUCAGUUAAGUAUAGAUAUUGGCUAAACUGCGAUUUGGGGGGAAACACAUGCUUGCAUCUAAACAUGCACAGGUAUUAGCUAAAAGUAUACCCCACCAUUUACCUAUUUGAGAGAAGGAUGCAUGAAUGUAAAUAUUGAUAUUUAAAGAUCUGCCUUCUGGACUGUUAAUUAAUGUACAGUGUAACAGAACAUAUGUUUAUACAUAGUUAAACAAUGUGCUACCAUUUAGAAUAAUGUCAAUGUUGUCAUGUUGAUGGAGCAAGCCAUUAAUGUAUAUAUGGCAAUCGAUAGUACAAAACUCAAUUUAUGCAUUAUACCAAACAAAUAGAAAGAUGUGCAUAAGUUGACUUCAUUGCUGAGUUUUUCAGUUGUAAAUAAAACUGUACAGAACAACA